UCAGGCACAAAAUAGCAAAAGCUGUAUUAGACGAAUUUCGAAGAUGGCCUCCAGAAACUUUACUACAAGACUUACCAGAAAUUAUGAAAGUUCUUACAUCGACAGCUGAUGAAUCGAUCUUAAGGGUUGAAUUACUAGAGCAAAUACCUCACAUUGCCGCACACGCCAUAGCAUGUUCGUGUACGAGUGAAGUGCCUGCAUUUAAGAACAUCGUCAGUGAUCACAUUAUUCCUUUCGUUGUAAGAAGUUUAGGAUGUUCAGAAAAUACUCUUGUUACCCACUCGACUCUAAUCCAAUUGAUAGAACAGGGUUUUAUUUCAAAACUACAAGCCGAAAUCCAAGUAUGUCCCACAAUUUUGGCGCUCACCAAGUUAGAAACCACCACAGAUGUAAAUACUAGUGCUAUUAAUUUAAUGAGCAAAUUAGCUCCAUUACUUGGCCGGGAUGUAACGGAACGUGUAUUCCUCGGGAGGUUCAUAGACUUAUGCUCCAGUCCAAUAUUUCACAUCCGUACAGUUUGUGCGGCAUAUUUUGGAAAUUUCGCCGCCGUAAUCAGCCACGAUUCGGUCGAGAAGAUAUUGGUUCCAAAAUACCUUACACUAUGCACAGACGACGUAUGGGGAGUGAGAAAGACCUGCGCAGAAGCCAUAACUUAUGUGUCGUGUGCAUGCAGCCAGAACACAAGAACUCUCAAAUUAGCUCCAACUUUUGGCGUCCUACUUAAAGAUGACUGUCGAUGGGUUAGAGUUUCGGCUUUCCACUCUUUAGGUCCUUUUAUAUCAACUUUUGCCAAUCCACCUAUAACCAAAAUGGAUUAUAGUAACAAUGGAGAUUUGGUUUUAGUUAAUGGAGAGGGUGCGGAGUUUAUGAUUUCUGUUACAACACCAUUAUUAUCAUUGCACGAAAGAUUCAGCGUUAAUAAUCCAAAAGAAGACAACAUUAUGAUGAAUCCGUUAAACUCAGAAGAAAUGGAUUUGGAAGAGACCGGUUGGAUUGAAAAAUUCAAAGACGACGAUAUAGUGGGGAGUUCUUCAGACAUACAAAGCGAAGAAAAUAGUUCUAAAUCUUCUGACACAGUUGCAAAUGCUGACGGUAAUGUUGAAAACCUAAACGAUAAAGAUUCGAUAGAAGAUCCAAAGUGCACCCCAAAUGUGAUAGUGUGUGAUAAUAUUAGCGAAAAAAUAAAUAACCAAUUAACAGAUGCAAUGCAAAAUAUUAAAUUAAUUGUAAAUAAUUCUAAUUUAAAUAUUGAACAUAGUACAAACGUUAACAAUGAACUUAGUCAAUUAAAUUCGAAUGUCACUACAGAAGAUAAAAUCACUAAUACGAAUAAAGACACAAAUGACAACGAACAAAAGGUAAAUAUCAAUAAUAACGGUACUAUAGAGGAUGAUUUGCAUUUAUUUUACUCACACAAUUAUUGGUAUAUUAGUCCUGAGUUGCCUUUAGAUCCAGUUUUAGUCUGUGGAGAGGAAUCCUCAAACAUCUUAAAUGGUGCUGGAGAUUCAAUACAUUUGGAAAACAAUUCUGCUGAAGGAAGUAAAUCUGAUAAUAAUAAUUCAACAAUUUCAAUAGAUGAAAGUGAUGUUACAAACGAUGGUACAAAUGAAAAUAGUGUUGCGGAGAAGCAAGAACCACCACAGAAAAUAGUACCGCAAAUUUUAGUUGAUCACUACAUAGCAAUGACAUAUCCAAUGCUAUCUCUUAACAUAGAAUAUGAAAUGGCAUACCAUUGCGCAUACUCUCUUCCAGCGGUAGUUUUAACAUUAGGUAGCGAAAAUUGGCAUUUACUUGAAGACACGGUCUUUACCCUUGCCGGAGAUAUACAGUAUAAAGUUAGACGAACAGUAGCUAGCAGUUUACAUGAAUUAGCCAUCAUACUAGGAUCCGAAAUGGCUACGAAUAGCUUAACUCAAUUAUUUGAAGGCUUUAUUAAAGACUUGGAUGAAGUCAGAAUAGAAAUUUUAAAACAUUUAGCUGCCUUUUUAAAAGUUAUUAAUCCGGCCAAGAGGAUCGUGUAUUUACCUAGAUUAGUAGAAUUUUUACAAACCGACAAUGAGUGGAAUUGGAGAUUUAGAGAAGAAUUAGCCAAGCAAUUGUUAGAGUUGAUGGAAUUAUUUAAACCAGCAGAUAUUUCUAAACACGUCGGUGGAAUUGCGAUCGUUUUAUUAUAUGAUAAAGUAGCCGCAGUAAGAGAAGCCGCCUUAGCAUUAGUUACAGAAAUAAUUUCGUAUACAUCUUCAGAACCGAAUUUAACGCCAGGUUUUUUAAUAAAGUUAGCUGAAACAUUUGCUCAUUCGAAGAAAUGGAAACGUAGACAGACUUUUUGUCUAAUGUGCAUAGAAAUAUUGAAAGAAGAGGCCUUAGAACCAGAACAAUUCGUUUCGGAAGUUAUGCCACACCUGUUGGAUCUAAGUUGGGAUCCAGUUGCCAACGUUCGGCUGGUAGUAGCCAGAUGCCUAUCUAGAUAUAUUUUAAAUAAUUUAUACUUCGUAGAUUUAUCCAGUGAUCACUGCGAGGGACUAGAAACCGUCCUACGAAGACUUCAGGCUGAUAAAGAUAGUGACGUUCGUCAAUCCGCAGAAGUGUAA